CCAUGAGACCCAACAACUCUGCUAACAAAUAUCCUGAGGUAGCGGACUAAACAUUAGCCGUUACCAAAGGAUAGACCAUCUGUUCCGGUGAGCAAGCCCUAACGGCGAUCGCGACCAUUGGUCGGUGAUUUCAGUCCGGCGGUGUUUGAGGCGGCUGGCAGUGCGAGGGAGAGAGACUCUACUCUGAAAGGAUUCUAUUGGAAGCAUCACUCUUUCGCAGAAACCCUGUUUUGAGAAUUGCAGAGAUGGUGCUGUUGAUUCUGGCUAGAAGCUGCCUCUGUGACGAGAUCUUGCUUUGAAAGAUGCGGUUGUUUCUUUCUUCCCACGUAUGAUAUACCAUUUCCGAGAAUUUAAGCUUACUUAGUUAGUCCUCAAGUACCUCAUACUCCUCGCCUGAGAGAUUCUAGAGAGAGAAAAAGGUUGGAGAGAGAGGAAGAAAAAUCUUGAAGAAGCCAUGGGGAUGGGAUGGAAGGAUUCCUCAGCUUCAGGUGAUGCCAACAGGGAAGAGGUGGGACCCAGUGCCACCGCAACCACCGCCCAGUCCGGCGGCAUACGAAGGUUCCCGCUGGCGGCGCAGCCAGAGAUAAUGAGAGCAGCGGAGAAGGAUGACCAGUACGCCUCCUUCGUCUACGAAGCUUGUCGCGACGCCUUUCGCCACCUCUUGGGCACGAGAGUUGCUGUAGCUUAUCAGAGUGAGACAAAACUUUUGGGGCAAAUGCUUUAUUAUGUUCUGACAACAGGUACGGGGCAGCAAACCUUAGGAGAAGAAUAUUGCGACAUCACUCAGGUUGCUGGACCACAUGGACUUCCCCCAACACCAGCAAGGCGUGCUCUAUUUAUCGUCUACCAGUCUGCAGUUCCGUAUAUUGCAGAAAGAAUCAGCUCUAGAGUUGCUUCCCGUGGCAUAGUCCUUGCUGAUUCACUGUCUGGUGAUCUGUAUGACAACAACUCUCCAGGGAGCAGUCAAGUUCAAUCAUCUGCAGUCACUGAAAUGCCAUCUUCAUCUGCAUCAGCAGCAUCUGUCUCACUUCUUUCAAGAUUGAAAGAGAAAAUUAGUCGGUUAUGGUUAUCUGCUGUUCAAAGAUGGCCCUCGGUGCUUCCCUUAGCUCGUGAGUUUGUGCAGUUGGUUCUUCGCACCAACCUCAUGUUCUUUUACUUUGAAGGACUAUAUUAUCAUAUAUCAAAACGAUCAGCUGGCAUUCGCUAUGUGUUCAUUGGAAAACCAAUGAACCAAAGACCUAGAUACCAAAUAUUGGGUGUAUUCCUUUUAAUUCAGCUAUGUAUUAUUGUUGCUGAAGGGCUACGACGUAGUAAUUUAUCUUCUAUUGCAAGUUCAGUACAUCAAACAUCCCUGGGGGCCCACCAAACUUCAGCAGGGCGAGGUUUACCUGUUUUAAAUGAAGAAGGCAAUUUGAUUACUGGGGACUCAGAGAAGGGAAGUUGGAUAUCUGAUAACACGUCAACUUCAGAGUCUCAAGUGGCAAGUGGGGUCAGCAAAUGCACACUUUGUCUUAGUAAUCGCCAACACCCAACAGCCACACCGUGUGGUCACGUGUUCUGCUGGAACUGCAUUAUGGAAUGGUGCAAUGAAAAGCCUGAAUGUCCUCUUUGCCGUUCUCCUGUAACUCAUUCAAGUUUAGUUUGUUUAUAUCAUUCAGAUUUCUAAUACUUGAUUAUGGUGGACUUCAGUCUAUAAUACAGAAAGGAAGAUAAAUGAAUUGGAUAGAUGCGAGUUUCCCCGUUUUAACUAAAUGUGCGUGGUGUUUUGAGGCAAUUACCUUUUUUGUUUCUGAAUUAAAGAGGUGAAGAGAGAGGAAUAUGAUCCUCUGCGUGGUGACAAUAAUUGUAAGGGUGGAUUUUUUUUUAUUUUUUUAUUUUUUUUAUUUUCCUUGAGUUCUUUACAUCACGGUGAAAAUUUUAACAGAAAUUUUCUCCUAUUUCCUUUU